AUAAAGCCAAGCAGAUAAGCAGAAAACAGUGACAGACGAGGAUCAGUUCAGACAGGACAGACGGAGACAUGGACAGGAUUCAUCCACACUUCACUGUGAGGACGUCCUUCAGCUUUUUACUUCUGAUUCUGCUUCAACCGUCCACUGAGGCCCAGAACAUCUGUUCUGCUCCUUCACCUGUGGAGUUUGCAGAAAACAACAGCGUGGGUGACGUUGUGGCGGUGAUUACUGUCCAACCAGGAGUGACCAUCAAGUUCAGUCCUCCCCCUGCAAACCCCGACAACCCCUUCAGGCUCGAAGGAAACAACCUGAUAGCUGAAAGGGUGUUGGACUAUGAGACUGUAAAAAAUCACGUAGCCUCUGUCACCUGCACUGAAACAGCCACAGGCCUCCAGUUGGGCAUCAGCAUUAUCGUACUUGUCACCAAUGUGAAUGAUAACCCUCCAGUCUUUGAUCGGAACCCCUACGAUGUCAGUGUCAAUGAGAUGUCUCCUGUAGGCACAACUGUGGGCCGCUUCUUUGCCACGGACUUAGACGAGCAAGCGAUCUACUACACACUGACGCCUGAAUCUAAUGGCUUUAAACUGAAGUCACCCACCAACCCAGAUCUCCUCGUUGAGACACCUCUCGACUACGACAAAGUAAAAAAUGUCCAACUGAUAUUAUACGCUCAGGACACCCCAUUGGCACUGGCCAAUAGCAAGGCUUCGUUCACUGCCAACACCACCAUCAUGGUCACCAUCUUAGACGUGGACAACAGACCGCCGUGGUUCCAGCCCUGCACCAAGCACGAGAUGGGGGGGGCUUUGAUCUGCCAGAGCGCCGGCUACACCAGCAAGGUCAUCUUAAACGAACAAGAGACCGGAGUGUUACCACUGAAACCAGGACCGCUUUACGCCAUUGACGGAGACUCUGGGAUAAAUGAGGAGAUAAUGUACUCGUUCCUGAGCGGAAAUGGUGACGGUCUGUUUGAGAUCGGCCCGAACACGGGGAACAUCAGCAUGCUGAAGCCAGCCGACGUAUUGGGGACGAUCAGUCUGACAGUGCUGGCUGCUCAGAAGAGGAACAGUUAUCAGUUUGCCACCACCACCGUCACAGUCAGCGUUCAGGUGAAGAGUCUCCACCGUCCAAAGUUUCAGAGGCCUCAGUACGAAGGCAUCAUCACUGCAGUGGGUACCAUGGCGAUGGACCCGAAGAACAAGGACGAGCCGCUGCGGAUUGUCGCCACAGAUGAUGACUACGCUGCUACUGGGGGUCUAAAUCCUCACAUCACUUACUACAUUAAUGGGAGCAGUGAUUUCUCCAUCCUUGACGGCUAUCUGUUCAUGACUAAGGAUCUCCCAGAGGCCACAUUAUCUCUGCAAGUGGUGGCAACAGACAAGACUAACGAAGAAUCAGCUACAGCUCAGCUCGUAGUGGAGGUGACAUCAGGUCUCACCACCACCAGUUUGCCUCUGAGCACCACAGACAGUAUGACCACGACGUCCAUGGGGGAAUCCACCACCAACAGCAAGACCACUGAAGAUAUCGUAUCCACCACAAACCCAAGUACGUCCACUGCCAGCACCGUCUCAAGUACCAUCCCCAGCACAACCAGUGAAAACAUCAUCUCCACCACUAACUCCAGUAUGUCCACUGAAGGCAGUGUUUCAACCACUAAUCCCGGUAUGACCAGUGAAGGCAGCAUUUCCACCACUAAUCCCAGUUUGACCAGUGAAGGCAGCAUUUCCACCAUUAAUCCCAGUUUGACCAGUGAAGGCAGCAUUUCCACCACUAAUCCCAGUUUGACCAGUGAAGAAAGCAUCUCCACAGCCAGCACAGCUCACUCUCACACAGUGAUCAUACCGUCGGGUGGCUAUGGGCCAGCGGACAUGGCAGCGCUCGGUGCGACCCUGGGUGUCCUGCUGUUCAUCUGUCUGGUGGUCAUCGGAGUGCUUGCCUUUUGCUUUUGGAGAGAGAAAGCAGACUGGAGAAAGAUUUACGAAGCCAGCAUGUUCCAAAGCUCUCUGGGUCAAAGCUCAGGCGGUCAUAAGGAGGUCACCGAGUACACCAAUGAUUCCUUCCAGAACGAUGAAGAUGGAGACAGCACUGGCUCUGGUGGUCCAGAGGGGGUAAGUGUAACGGAUGGUGGAGAGCCACGGAAAGCGGCAAGGGACAUUCCGCUCUAUCAGGCCAUUGUGAAGUCUUCGGUGCCACUGCAUGACGACACCAGCGAAGCAGGCUCGGACAAGGCCGACAACGAGAAGGAGGUGAAACCCAUCCUGACCAAGGAGAGACGCAUGGACGAGGGAUACAAGUCAGUCUGGUUUAAGGAGGACAUCGACCCUGACGCCAAGGAGGAGGUGGUCAUUAUCCCAGACAGCAGAGAGGACGACAGCGAGGAGGAAGACGAGGAAGAGUCAUCCAGCAGCAGAGAGGAGGAUGAAAACGACAACCCACGGAUAAAAAAGGUUUUCUUUAACGAUGCCGAUCUGGACAGUGGACUUGGCGUGAAGAUGGAGGAUCCAGCGGAGGACUCAGAUGGUGACGCAGUGUUGACCGUUGAUCUGUGAGAGGUGCCAAAAGGAAAGACAAGAAAAAGAACACACCCAUAGUAAAAUCUAAUGAAUUUAUCAGCAUUCAGUCCUGCAAACACUCGGCCUUAUCAGUCCAUUACAGAGGACCAGUGACACAGAACCAGGACUGAACACACCUUAUGGAAAGAUAAAAACAAGUAAAUAAAGAUCUGAAUUAAUUUAAUUCAUAAACCUCAACCUUGUGUGUCAACAUUAGAUUUUAAGUAAAUUGAACCUUUUACGGCUUUUAUUCUUUAUGUAAAUACUUCAUGGGUCAUAAUUAACAGUGUAACCUGAUUAAGGAUAUGUUCGUGUAUAAAAGGAGUUUGAGGCUGCUGAGAUCGGUGUAGUGGAAAUGCCGGAAUGACCAACGUUUUUGUGGAUCCCCAGUGGUCUCUGCUAGUAUUGCAGGGGGUCUGUGGAAGAUUUUUGAAAUAAAUAGGCAUCCAUGAGUUUUAUAUUAAUAUAAUAGAUGGUAACAGCAGGAGGUAUCAGCUCUCACUGUAUUUAAACACUGGUUAUGUUCAUCUUUCUUUUAAAUAAUUAGGUUUGUUUAGUCUUUUAGCCUUUCCCUCUAGUUUUGUAACACUUAUAUUUUGCAGUAGAGCUACUAGUAAACAUGGUUUGAAACGGAAAAGUCUGGGAAAUGAACCUAACUUACCAGAGUUACUAAUAUUUUGGGUUAAUUAUUUACUGGUUGUGUCGGUUGCUUAGUGCUGACAGAUGAAUACAUCAUGUUGUGUAAAACUAGAAAUGUAGAGAGAGAAACAUCAGGUGAUUAAACAGAAACAUCUGCUUUUGCUGUCUGUGAUAAUAAAACCAUCCCUGCUGAUACUGAAGACUGUAAAACAUUACGACUGAAACAAACUCUGAACUUCCAUUUAAUAAUCCACAGCAGUUAUCAGAAACGUUCGUCAGCAGAUGAACUGAAAGAAUUAACGCUUGUGUUGAAAACUGUAAAUAAGUCUGUUGUUUGUCUCAAACCAAGAUGAAGAAAAUAUUGUAUAUUAAUAAUAAUAAUAAUAAUAAUAAUAAACCUUAAAACUGAGGAAUAAGGUAGUUUAAAAUUCCUGUCUUCCAACUUUUGAUUGUUUAGUCAUCUAAAAAAAUAACAACUUAAUGAGGCCAACUUUCCUUCUGAAACCACAGAGGAAGAAUCCAACCUCCUGGUGGUGAUACCAACAGGCUGAAGCAGGUACUGCAGAGAAACAACAACGGGAGACUGAGUUGUUUGACAUUUGAUUUUACUCAAAUAAAAAAAAAAAAAGUACAUCACAUUUUAACAACAGAAAUCAUUCAUUUCAUUUAAAAAAUUACACCUGUUUGUACAAUGACACAAUUUUAUAAAACCAUUAAAUCCGAAAAGACACAACAGGUCGACAGAGAAAAGUUCACAGCGUUAACUUUACAGAACGGAAACAAAACCUGAGAAACCACAAACAAACUCAGGACGAUUAGGAGUUAGGAAAGGCGUAAAACAAAAAAUGCUGAAUGAGGCAACAUGGCGUUAAACAACUGGCAUCAAUAUAGCAAAAAAUUAAACAGUUCAAACUUUUUUUUAAUAAGAAACAAAAUGAAAAACUACAAAAGACAAAAGAUUUGGCAACGAAAGAGCUUUGUGAGGCCCGAUCGCACCAAUGAGAAAGAUCCAUCAAAACUGCGUGUUUGAAUAAACAAAAAUGUGUUACUGGCUCGAGGAGGAAACAAACUGCUUUCCUUUAUGCUGGAUGUUUAAUGUGCAGGUUAGAAAAAAAAAGGUCAAAUUUGUAAGUUUUCAUUGAAAUGGCGUGAAUUUGAUGUGAAAUAAAAGUGAUAAAUGCUGGUAUGUUAGUACAUGCGGUACAAAAACUACAUUUACAGACCGGUGGUGACUGGCAGAAACACACUAUUUUAAAAUCUACAUAGCUGCACUUUAGCUGGCUAGCAAACACUUAAUCAGGCUGAAAAAUUUUGUGUCAAACUUAAAAAGCCUGACAGGUGUUAUGGAGAAAAAUUAGCUAGGGUUAGAAAAAAAGCUAGUUAAAUAGAAGCUAAACGUAUCCGGAAAAAAUGUCAAUAUUUCAGCUUUUUUUAAGCCUCUUAGCUUAUUGGCUAUGAAAGAAAAAACUUGCAUUUCA